AUGAGUAACAUAAAUCAAGAUUCGUUGGAUAAUUACAACCCGUUUGACGAUCCUGCUCCAAGAUAUGAAACAUUAACACCAACUAGUAAAGAUUCAGCUCUGGAUGAUCGAAGUUCCAGUUAUGCAGUGGAUAUUCCCCCACCACCACUUCCACAGAUGGAACUCAAUCCACCCUAUACUAAAGCUACAGCUGGCAAUGAAAGCAUCUUGGCGUUGGAACGUAGACAAGCUGAACUUGAAGCUCGUGCAGCUGAACUGGAUCGUCGGGAGAAAGAACAACAAGCUCGCAUGAAUUCUAUCCAGGCGACUCCAAAUCCACACAACUGGCCACCUUUCCCACCAUUUUGUCCAUGUAAACCAUGCGUUAGACAAGAUUUUGACAAUGAUAUCCCGUAUGAUUGUCGAUGGAUGGCUAAAACAGGUUAUGGGAUAUGGUUAGGUUAUGCUGCCUUGUUGAUACUUAAUAUGGGUGGAACACUUGGCUAUUUUAUUGUUGGUACUGGAGGUGCUGAAGGACCAUUAUUUGGUGCAUCUAUCUUGUUAACGCUUGUUAUGCCUCCGUUGAGCUUUUUCGGUUGGCAUCGGCCUUUGUAUAAAGCAUUAAGGUCAGACAGUUCAAUUAAUUAUAUGAUAUUUUUCAUCUUCUUCUCUGCGCAAACAAUUGUCAUUUUAAUCCAAUGUCUUGGUAUUGAUUAUCUCGGAUCAUGUGGUUGGAUCAAUGGGAUAAAAACUUUGAAUCAUCAUGAUGGUGUUGGCGUUUUUAUGCUUUUGAUCGCUACUAUGUUCUCAGUGCUUGCUGGAUGCUGUGCCUUCUUAUUGUAUAAGGUGCAUAGAUACUAUCGAUCAUCAGGUGCAAGUUUACAAAAAGCUAAAUUAGAAAUGACCAAUGCAGCAAUGUAUGAACAUGCUGCUGCAGGAUUCGGUGCAAUGCCAUAG